CUCCCCCUUCUUUCUCCUUUACCCCAGCUUCCUUUAUUCUCCCUUUCCCUCUCUUGUCUGACAUCCUUACCCCGGAUCUCGGACCCCACUGUUGCCUCCCCACCCCACUCCACUGUACAACGCAGUGCGUCUAAGGAGCGCCGUGUUCAUACCCAACUAUACCUACUGAAGAUACUCACACAGACUCCCUUCGUCUUCUUGCUUCCCGUACAAAAUGGUCAAGACAUUUACCAAAGACGACGUAGCCUCGCAUAGCAAACCGGAUAACCUGUGGGUUGUGAUCGAUGAGGAUGUGUACGAUCUGACCAAAUUCCAGGAGGAGCACCCAGGUGGCAAGAAGAUCCUACAACGGGUGGCCGGCAAAGACGCAUCGAAGCAGUUCUGGAAAUACCACAAUGAAGGCAUCCUGAAGAAGUUCAAGGGCCAGCUGCAAAUCGGCUCCCUGGAUUCGAAGAAGGCCGCUGCACCGGAGCCGGUCCCAGCAUCCGCCCCAGUCAAGCAACAGCCUGCGAAGGCCCCAGCUGCACCCGUUGAUGUGGUUUCCGCGAAGUCGCUAGAGGCCCAGGAGCCAUUUGGCGACCUCAUCCCCUUUGCAGACCCAGCUUGGUAUCACGGUUACCACUCGCCGUACUUCAAUAGGACGCAUGCCGCCCUUCGUGAAGAGGUCCGACAAUGGGUGGAUACUGAAAUCGAGCCAAACGUGACAGAAUGGGAUGAGAGCAAGAACGUCCCCGACCGCAUUUACAAACAGAUGGGAGAGCGCGGAUAUCUGGCUGGCUUGCUCGGAAUCAAAUACCCAGUUCAAUACACCCCUAAUCGGGUGCAAUCCGUGGCCCCUGAGAACUGGGACCUGUUCCAUGAGAUGCUCCUUACGGAUGAACUGUCUCGCUCUGGUAGCGGCGGUUUCGUUUGGAAUCUCAUUGGUGGGUUUGGAAUCGGGUGUCCUCCUCUGGUCAAGUUCGGAAAGAAGCCUCUUGUAGAGAGGAUUCUGCCUGGGAUCUUGGCUGGUGAUAAGCGCAUCUGCUUGGCUAUCACAGAACCCGACGCGGGUAGUGAUGUCGCCAACCUCACUUGUGAGGCCAAGCUGACGCCAGAUGGCAAGCACUACAUUGUCAACGGUGAGAAGAAGUGGAUCACCAACGGCAUCUGGAGUGACUAUUUCACGACCGCCGUUCGCACGGGUGGGCCCGGCAUGAACGGUAUCAGCGUGCUGCUCAUUGAGAGAGAGCAGGGCGGUGUCAGCACCCGGCGCAUGGAUUGCCAGGGUGUCUGGAGCAGUGGUACCACCUAUAUCACGUUUGAGGACGUGAAGGUGCCGGUGGAGAACCUCAUUGGAAAAGAGAACCAAGGCUUUAAGGUCAUUAUGACCAACUUCAACCAUGAACGUAUUGGUAUUGUGAUCCAGUGUGUGCGGUUCGCUCGUGUCUGUUAUGAGGAGUCUAUGAAGUAUGCGCACAAGCGCAAGACCUUCGGUAAGAAGCUCAUUGACCAUCCGGUCAUCAGAAUGAAGCUGGCGCACAUGGCCCGUCAAAUCGAGGCGACAUACAACUGGCUGGAGAACAUCAUCUACCAGUGCCAAUCGAUGGAUGAGACGGAAGCCAUGCUCAAGCUGGGAGGCGCUAUUGCCGGGCUGAAGGCACAGGCAACGACGACGUAUGAAUUCUGUGCGCGCGAGGCCAGCCAAAUCUUCGGCGGCCUCAGCUACAGCCGGGGUGGCCAAGGUGGAAAGGUCGAGCGGCUCUACCGCGAUGUCCGAGCCUAUGCCAUCCCGGGUGGUAGUGAAGAGAUCAUGCUGGAUCUUAGCAUGCGCCAGAGUCUGCGUGUGCAUCAGCUCUUCGGGCUGAAACUGUAGGAAUUGGUUACGGGUCUUGAAAUCAAACAGUUCAUUUUGCUGGGUUAUAUAUGACUAUUUUGCUGAGCGUCCUGUAACAUAUCACGCAGAAACUGCCCUGGAGGACUGAAUAUCUUGGCAUAUCGCAAAUUCAAUGAAUGAUGGCUG